AUGGAGUCUGACCCGGGAUUCAUUGCUGCCGUCGAAGAGGCCCGCCAGGGACAGGUUGAAGGCGGCGUCCCUAUUGGCGCAUGUCUGGUAUCAAAGGAUGGAAAGAUCCUGGGACGCGGCCACAACAUGCGAUUCCAAAAAGGAAGUGCUACGUUACAUGGCGAAAUCUCUGCUCUCGAAAACUCAGGUCGUCUCCCAGCCUCUGCUUACGAAGGUGCUACGAUGUACACCACUUUGUCACCAUGUGACAUGUGCAGCGGCGCUUGUAUACUAUACAAGGUCAAGCGGGUUGUAGUUGGCGAAAACAAGAAUUUCAUGGGAAAUGAACAAUAUUUGCAAAGUCGUGGCAUUGAGGUCGUCGUUCUGCAAAAUGAAGAAUGCAUUCGUUUGAUGAAAAACUUCAUUCAUGACAAGCCCGAAUUAUGGAAUGAGGAUAUCGCCGUUUAA